UUCGUCCGCUUGCUCAGUACACGUUCCCACGUGUUACAGCUCCGCAUGACGCACAUGGGGAAUACAGAGAGUUUUCUCUUCUAAUUUAUGUAUUUAUUAUUAGGAAAAUGCUGUUUUCAAAAGAAACGCCAUGGAGGCGAUUAGAGGGCAUGUCGUUUGGCUUGUUUUCCACCGAUGAAAUAAGGAAACUGAGUGUGAAAAAUAUCACUAAUUCCCAGCUGUUGGAUAAUGUGGGCAAUGCCGCUGCAAACGGGCUGUAUGACCUGGCGCUGGGUCCAGCUGAUAACAAGGAGAUCUGCUCCACCUGCAUGCAAGACUUCAGCAGCUGUCCUGGCCACUUUGGUCACAUAGAUCUGCCCCUUCCCGUCUACAACCCUGUGUUUUUUGAUAAAUUAUAUUUGCUCAUCCGGGGUUCAUGCCUGUCAUGCCAUAUGUUGAAGUGUCCGAGAACGGCUGUUCAUUUACUGUUGGGCCAGCUGAAGCUCCUGCACGUGGGUGCGAUGAAGGAGGUGUAUGAGCUUGAGAACGUUCUCAAUCAGUUGAUGGAGGUCAAUGCUCAGCCGUCUGGAAUAGAAAUCCAAGAAGCUUUGGAGGCGUUUAUUACACCCAUCCUAAAAGCCAAUGAAGCCGAGCAGCACCCUGCCCCUGUCAAACAUAUCUGUGAGAAAAAGUCCAGUCUCAUUAACACUUUCUGGAGAGUAUACAUGGGCCCAAGGAAAUGUCCAAAUUGCAGAGCCAGUAGAGUGAUUGUGCGCAGAGAACACAACAGCAAACUCAUCAUCACACAGGGAUCAUCCACAGCAAGCAAAGAAAAGGACGAUGAUUCACUGAUUACCAAACGUGGAUUCUUGACUCCAAGUUUGGCGCGAGAACACGUCAUCAAACUCUGGGAGAAAGAAGGUUUCUUCCUGAAGCAUCUGUUCUCAGGGUUUGACAUGAACAACUCCGAGAAAGGCUUCAGUCCUGAAGUUUUCUUUAUGGAGUUGCUUGUGGUUCCUCCAUGCAGGUUCAGGCCUAUUAACCGAUUGGGAGACCAGAUGUUCACCAACGGACAGACUGUGAACCUGCAGGCCGUGUUAAAGGAUAAUUUCAUGAUUCAGAAACUACUCGCACUGAUCGCUGCUGAGAAGACCAACACUAUUGAAGACACACAGACAGAGAUGGAGCAGUCCAGUGAAUCCACAGAGAUCAGUCAGAUAGAUCAGACCUUUUUAAUGGGCAUCCAAGGACUGACUCUCACAGACAAGCUCUAUAACAUGUGGAUCCGCCUGCAGAGUCACGUCAACAUCGUGUUUGACAGCGACAUGGACAAACUGAUGACUGAGAAGUUCCCAGGCGUCCGUCAGCUCUUGGAGAAGAAAGAGGGUUUGUUCAGGAAGCACAUGAUGGGAAAGCGUGUGGAUUACGCUGCACGCUCGGUCAUUUGUCCUGAUAUGUACAUCGGAACCAAUGAGAUUGGAAUACCAAUGGUUUUUGCUACCAAGUUGACGUACCCACAGCCAGUGACACCCUGGAACGUGAAGGAACUCAGGCAGGCAGUGCUGAAUGGACCCAGCGUCCACCCUGGAGCCUCCAUGGUCAUUAAUGAAGAUGGGUCCCGAACCAUCCUCAGCAGCAGCAACCUGACCCAGAGAGAAGCUGUGGCCAAACAGCUCCUGACCCCCAGCACCGGCCAGCACAAGAUACCCAUGAAGAUCGUAAAUCGGCACAUCAAGAAUGGGGAUGUGCUGCUGUUAAACCGUCAGCCCACUCUCCACAGACCGUCAAUUCAGGCCCACUGUGCCCGCAUCCUGCCCGGAGAGAAAGUGCUCAGAUUACAUUAUGCCAACUGUAAGGCCUACAACGCUGACUUUGACGGUGACGAGAUGAACGCUCACUUCCCUCAGAGUGAGCUGGGCAGAGCGGAGGCCUACACGCUAGUGAGCACAGACCAGCAGUACUUGGUGCCUAAAGAUGGGAAGCCGUUGGCCGGCCUGAUUCAGGACCACAUGGUGUCUGGCACCAGCAUGACCAUCCGUGGCUGUUUUUUCACACGGGAUCAGUACACUGCGCUAGUCUACAGAGGCCUGACGGACAAGAUCGGCAGAGUGAAGCUCCUGCCUCCUGUGCUCUUUAAACCCGUGCCUCUCUGGACAGGAAAGCAGGUGGUGUCGACCCUUUUGCUGAAUGUCAUCCCAGAAAACAGCAUCCCUUUAAACUUGAUGGGAAAAGCAAAGAUUCCCAGUAAAGCCUGGGUGAAGGAACCGCCCAGAGCUGUUCCAGGAUACAGGCCGGAAACUAUGUGUGAAUCACAGGUGGUCAUUCGUCAGGGAGAGCUCUUGCUGGGAGUUCUGGAUAAAGCUCACUAUGGCAGCUCAGCGUACGGUUUGGUCCACUGCUGCUACGAGCUCUACGGAGGAGAGACCAGCGGCAAACUGCUCAGCUGUCUGGCACGACUCUUCACUGCCUACCUGCAGCUGUACCGCGGUUUCACCUUGGGUGUGGAAGACAUUCUAGUAAAAGAUGGAGCCAACAAACAGAGAAGGAAAAUUAUCCAAAAGUCAGUCACGUGUGGCUCUAAGGCUCUCCAGGCUGCAUUUAACCUGCCUGCAGCUGCUGAAGACACUGAAGCCAGAGAACGCUGGCAAGACGCUCAUCUGAACACAGACCAGAGAGAUUUCAACAUGGUGGACCUGAAGUUUAAAGAGGAGGUCAAUCAAGUGAACAACAACAUCAACAAGGUGUGCAUGCCGCUGGGUCUCCACCGCUCCUUCCCAGAAAACAACCUACAGCUGAUGGUGCAGUCAGGAGCCAAGGGUUCGACUGUUAAUACUAUGCAGAUCUCCUGUUUAUUGGGUCAGAUUGAGCUGGAGGGCCGCCGACCGCCACUGAUGCCUUCUGGGAAGUCCCUGCCCUGCUUUCAGCCCUAUGAACCUCAGCCGCGAUCCGGAGGAUUCGUAACUGGCAGAUUCUUGACAGGAAUCAAACCUCCUGAGUUCUUUUUCCAUUGUAUGGCUGGUCGUGAAGGUCUUGUGGACACUGCUGUCAAAACCAGUCGAUCUGGUUAUUUGCAGAGGUGUGUGAUCAAGCAUCUAGAAGGUCUGGUGGUCCAGUACGAUCUGACUGUGCGAGACAGUGAUGGAAGUGUGGUCCAGUUUCUUUAUGGAGAGGACGGGCUGGACAUCCCCAAGACCCAGUUCCUACAGCCGCAGCAGUUCCCUUUCAUCAAAGACAACUACGAGGUCAUCAGAAAGUCAAAGUGUUUGGAUGAAGUUCUGGCUAAAAUGGAAGCAGGGGCAGCAUUUAGUCACUUUAAGGCCAUCAAGAAAUGGAAAGCCAAACAUGAGCGUGUUUCACCCAGAGACGGUGCCUUCCUGCUCUACUCGCAGAAGAAACUUAGCAAGUUGAAGUCUCAAGUAGAAAACCAGACACUGGCCAAUGGGAGAGAGUCAGCCACUCUACAGCUCUUGGAGAAUUGGAGAGCUCUGGACGAGUCUGGCCAUAUGAAGUAUUUAAAGAAGACGUCUCAUUGUCCAGACCCGUGUCUGGCUCUUUACCGGCCGGACAUCUGCUUUGGUUCAGUGUCUGAGACGUUUGACUCCAUUGUUGAGUCCUACCUGGAUCAGUUCAAUGUCAAGCAGGAAUUUCAGACCUCCUCUGAAAUCACUGACACAGAGAGAUUGAGGCGUCUCCUGCAGCUGAAGUGGCAGCACUCUCUGUGUGACCCCGGAGAGGCCGUGGGUCUGCUGGCAGCUCAGAGCAUUGGUGAACCGUCCACACAAAUGACCCUCAACACCUUCCACUUUGCCGGCAGAGGAGAGAUGAAUGUCACCCUGGGUAUACCAAGAUUAAGAGAAAUACUCCUGGUUGCGAGCUCUAACAUCAAAACCCCUAUGAUGAGCAUUCCUGUUCUGAUGAGCAAGAAAGCCUUGAAACGUGUUAAGACGCUGCGGAAGAAGAUAACGCGUGUGUGUUUGUCAGAGGUGCUUCACAAAGUGGAUGUGAUAGAAACUUUCCGCUUGGUAGAGAAACGGAGCCAGAAGUCACGAGUUUUCAAACUCACAUUCCACUUCCUGCCCCCAGAGCGAUACCAGCAAGACAAGCUACUCACGCCUAAUGAGAUUCUUCAUUUCAUGGAGCAGAAAUUCUUUCGCAUGCUGCUGGAGGCCGUUAAGAAGCUGAGUGCUAAACUGGCGGCUGUCAAUGUGGUGGAUGCACGCAAAGCCACGGCAAGUGACAAUGAUCGAGAUGCCGGUGGCGUCGCGGACAAAGAGGAUGAUGGCAAUGAGGAUGCAGAAAACAACAGGAUUGUGGAUGAUGAGGCGAAUGAAGGUGAUGCUGAUGCCACAGAUUCCAGGAGAAAAGAAAAACAAGAAGAGGAGGUAGACUAUGAGAGUGAGGAGGGAGAGGAGGCCAUUGAUGAGGAGCUGGAGGAUGUGGCUGAGGACAGACAGGAAGAGGCAAACACUCAGGAGAACUCUGAGGAAGGGUCUGGUGAAAGCCAACCAGCAGACCAGACCCAGAGUCUUAACAGAUCUGCAGAGCUGGAGGGAGAUUCACAGGACUCCAUGAGGAUCAACGCUGUGCUUCAGUUGAGCUCUGCCAUUGAGGACUACAAAUAUGACACCAAAAAUGGGCUAUGGUGUGAGCUAACCCUGGUCCUACCCCUCACUAAAGUGCACUUUGACCUCACGUCAGUGGUGGUGAAGCAGGCUCAGAACGCUGUCAUCAUGGAGACCAAGGGUAUCACACGCUGCUUAUUAAAUGAAGUCACCACAAAGGAGGGCAAGAAAGAGAUGGUGCUCAACACAGAGGGCAUCAACAUGCAUGAGAUGUUCAAACAUGCUGAUAUCCUGGACUUGAACCGGUUAUACUCCAACCAAGUUCAUGCUAUGGCCAACACGUACGGUAUUGAGGUGGCCCUCAGAGUCAUUGAGAAGGAGAUUAAAGAUGUGUUUGCUGUCUAUGGUAUUGAGGUGGACCCACGCCAUCUCUCUCUAGUGGCUGACUACAUGUGUUUUGAGGGGGUGUACAAGCCUCUCAACAGAUUUGGCAUUCAAUCCAACAGUUCCCCGCUGCAACAGAUGACCUUUGAGACCAGUUACAAGUUUUUAAAGCAAGCAACGAUGCUGGGUUCUUAUGACAACCUCAGUUCGCCCUCAGCUUGCUUGGUUGUAGGAAAAGUUGUGAAAGGAGGAACCGGCCUCUUCGAUCUGAAACAGCCGUUAUAGUAAUGGACUGGGAUUGGAGAAUUAGUUUGUUCACUGCUAUGGAUUCCAGAAUUACAAACAGCAAUAUUUCUUGUCUAUAACAUCAAUAAAUCUUUUUUUUUUUUCUUUUGACUUCUUGUAAUUUUAUGAUUGUCAUUAUUGUUUGUUAUUAUUAUAAUGCAAAAUAAAAGGCCUAAUUAAGGACAGUAAGGAUCCAUUUUCAAAAGCACAAAAAUAAAAUAACAUUUGAAAAGUUUCAAA